CUCUCUUCUUCUUCACUUCACUUGAUAGUGCUCUCUUCCUCUAUCUAUCUUUGUAAAAUAUCGAAUUUUUCUCCUCCUUCUGAGGAAGAAGACUCGAACUCCAUUAAAUCACAGUAUUGGAAAGUCACUAAUCCAACUCUUUCUCCUCUACAUCUUCAAGAUUUACCAGGUUUUACUCGCAGUGUGUAUAAAAGAGAUCAUGCUCUUAUUACACCAGAAAGUCAUGUAUUUAGCCCUCUUCCUGAAUGGAAAAAUACAUUGGGAGCAUAUUUAGUUACGCCAGCAAUGGGGGCACAUUUCAUAAUGUACCUGGCUAAGAUGGAAGUGCUUUCAAGUUCCGCACCACCCCCGAAAGAUGUUGAAAGGUUCAUUUUCGUGGUGGAAGGAAUUGUUACACUGACAAAUGUGUCUGGAAGCACUCACAAAUUACUGGUUGAUUCUUAUGCAUAUCUACCUUCUAAUCUUGAGCACUCAGUGACCUGUGAUGCACCGGCUACUCUUGUUGUUUUUGAACGAAGGUACGCCAGUCUACCAAAUCAUAUUCCUGAGCAGAUUGUUGGCUCAAGGGAUAAGCAGCCACUUCUUGAAACUCCAGGCGAGGUUUUUGAGCUACGGAAGCUUUUGCCUAUGUCAGCUCCUUAUGACUUCAACGUCCAUAUCGUGGAUUUUCAACCUGGGGAGUUUCUUAAUGUGAAGGAAGUCCAUUAUAAUCAGCACGGAUUGUUGCUUUUAGAUGGUCAAGGAAUCUAUCGACUAGGAGAAAAUUGGUACCCAGUUCAACCGGGAGAUGCAAUUUGGAUGGCACCAUUUGUACCACAAUGGUAUGCUGCACUAGGAAAAACUCGAUCACGAUAUUUACUGUACAAGGAUGUGAAUAGAAAUCCACUGUAGACCUACCGUUGUGUGUAUGUGAGCAGCUUUGGCUAAAAAGAAUGCAGGUUGGCUGUGCAACAAAUUCUGAGGC